AUGGCUUCGUAUUUCGAGGUCAACAUGCAGAUGCGCAGGAAUCGCUGGGCCAUAGUGGCGAAGCGAACCAACAACAUUUUUGGUCUGAUGCGCCCCGGGGUAGUCGUCAACCCUCUGCUAGCAUCUUGCCCCAACCAUGCCAUUCUCUUGCGUACUGUCAUCUCGGACGACAUCUGGGACACGUGGCAGGGCUCAGCUGCCGUCAUCGCCAGAGAGUUGAAGCUUACCGAAAGAUACUCCAUUCGGACCAUUCCUCGGGACGGCGAAGUACAUCAUUAUCCGAGAGUGUCUUUUCUUGCGGAGGCUGACAUGUAUGAAAACAAAUAG